UCUCAGUCCGGUCUGCAGCUACAGACUGACUGAAGCCAGCAGCGGCUCUCUGCCUUUGUUAGCUAGCUGGUAAAGCACCAAGAAAGGACAUAGCCGCAUCCAUGAAAUAGCACACUUUUUUUGGAAAAUGAUCAUCUGUACGAGUAAAAUGGAGUACCCCCUGAGAACCCAGUGCCAGCGAGUCCAGAAACAGGUGAUGGUGAAUGGUGAGAAGGAGCGAGUGUCACUGCUGGUCAGCAGGGGGAGUGUAGAUGCCGUGUCCCAGCAGAUGGCGUCUCACCCUCAGUACCUGGAGAGCUUCCUGCGCACACAGCAUUACAUCCUGCACAUGGAUGGCCCCCUGCCGCUGCCAUACCGCCAUUACAUCGCCAUCAUGGCUGCAGCACGUCAUCACUGCAACUACCUGGUGUACCUGCACUCAACGCAUUUUCUGAGGGUGGGCGGGGAUCCCAAGUGGUUGCAGGGUUUGGAGGCGGCACCCCUUCGCCUUCGGCUCCUUGACAACAUUAACAAGGUGCUGGCCCACCAACCCUGGCUCACCACCUGCUCACAUAUCCAGACGCUGCUGAAGGCGGGCGAGCAGUGCUGGUCACUGGCUGAGCUGGUGCAGGCCGUGGUGAUCCUGGCCCACUGCCACUCCCUCUGCAGCUUUGUGUUUGGAUGCGACACAGACGCAGACUUUGUCCCUCUCUCCUCCAAAUCUCCCAACGGUACUCCACCGACCUUCUGCCCCUUUGAUGCUGCCAACGGCAACACCAACGUGCCUCAGUCCCUCGCCACUCCCUCUGAACACAUAACACGACGACGGUCUCUGGACUCAAGUGGUGACGUGAUGUGUCUGAAGGAGAGGAUCCAGAAGUCCCAGGAAGAGCGUGAAAAGCAAACACUCCAGCAGACAGACACAGAGGAGGAGGAGGAGAUGAUAUGCCUCGCAGAUCCUUCGCGUUUUAUCACAGACCCUGACUUUUGCUAUCAGGAGUUUGCACGCAAGGAGGAGGACCACUUCCAAGUGUUCAGAGUUCAGGACUAUUCCUGGGAAGAUCACGGCUUCUCCUUAGUCAACAGAUUGUAUUCCGACAUCGGGCACCUCCUGGAUGACCGGUUCAGGAGCGUAGCCACCCUCUCCUCAUUGCACAGUGACGACCUGAAGAGGGCGAUCUGGAAUUACAUCCACUGUGUGUUAGGAAUACGCUACGAUGAUUACGAUUACGGUGAAGUGAACCAGUUGCUGGAGCGAGAUUUGAAGCUGUACGUCAAGGCUGUGGCCUGUUUUCCGGACUCCACCAAAACUCCAGUGUGUCCGCUGAGAUGGACUCCACUUAAGACUUCAGAACGGAUACACAUAAACUUACUAAUCAUGGAGGCCCGGCUGCAGGCGGAGCUGCUGUACGCGCUGAGAGCCAUCACUCAGUACAUGAUUGCCUAAGAGGACGGAGAGGCACGUCAUUAAAACUCUUCGCCGGUACAGAGAGACCCGGAAACAAGAGGAUGAAGACAUCUGAAGAGCAGCCGGUGACGUGGGAUGAGAGCGGCACUUUUAAGGACACAGAGCUGCACCGUUUGCAGCUGUGCCUCUUUGAAUGUGCUCUUUCUCCUCAGAUCCAGUAUAUUUAAACCAUAGCGUGCCACAUCCCUCCUGCAACUCAUCUUAUUGUGAAGUCCUCUUAUCAGACAUCUUGGCUCUCGAAGGUUAUGUGCAAUUAUUGCUAGUUAUUUUAAUUUUUACCUGUCGUCUUGUGUUCCAGUCGGUCGCAGCAGCAGUGUGUUACCAGUGGCCAAUACUCUCCUCUUUAGUUUGAGAAGUCUCCUUUUGUAUUAACUAUGCUUUUCCAAAAACGUAUAUCUUUGUGUACACGUUGAAUGAAUGUUAAUGGGAGACCAGUUCUUUGGGGGGGUUUGUUUUUUUUGUGGACAAUCCUUGUCAGUGUUGGAGGAGGACUGUGAAGGACGACCGUUUUGUUUUCCCUGACAUUUUGUAUUAAUGCUGGUCAAGAACAAAAAUGAGAAUGACACUGCUGGAAGUUAUCACAUCACUAUAGUUUCUUUUAAUAAGCACUUUUUUAAACUUUAUAUAUUUAUAAUGCAAGGUAGCUAAUGAGUAGACAUACUGAGUUUGUGGGUCUCGUCUUUAUGACGUGUUUAAAAAAGAAAAAAGAAAAGAUUUGACUGUUUGUCCUCAAACUUUCAGACUCUGCUUUUGUUUCCCAGCCCCGAUUUCUGAGUGAAGGUACGCGUUUCAGGAUAUUUCAGUGAAAUAUUGCUGUAAUAUUUUCAGUUUAGCUCUGGCACAGAGACUCUGAAACUAAUCUGAAGAAGUCAGUAAGCUGUUUCUUACAGCGACGAGUAAGCUGAGCCACAUUUUGUUUUUUUUUUUCUCCCCACUGACACGCUUCAGAGACGAUCAAAUCAGAGACUAAAUGUUAGACCACGGGUCCUUUAAGACCUCAACCUUUCACAAAAGUACAAAAAAUCAAUUGGAGCAAUUUUAAAAAUAAAUAAAUAACACUUAAGGUUGAUCUGCGGCGGUGAUGAUGUGAGUUCAGAUUUUUGUUCGGGGCUUUGUGUUAAAGCUUUUCUUUCUUUCUUUGUGUGAACUGUAUCGAAGUAGAUCAUCACAGCAGAGAACCCGUGGUACACUUAGCAGAGCGAUGUGCAGAGUAGCUGUUAAUAACACCUGUAUCUCCUUUCUGUCUUUUCUUUUUACAGUUUUUUUUUUGUAAACCUUUGGAGUACUUUUUGUUUUGUUUGUUUCUGGGUGACAGUAGGACCUACUUGUCAUGCUGCGGCCUGGGUAGUUGUAGAAGUGUGACAGACUGUGUAGAUUUAGAAUUGGUAACUGCAGGAUGUAGAACAGAAACCGAAGUCCAUAUCGACUAAAGCAAAAAGCGCUGUUAACACAGGUGCCUUCAGGCUAAAACUGGAGUGCUGCUGAAGUGGAAGGAUGUGACGACUGGAGGCUGAACGUGGGCCGGAAACGAGCCCGGCUGACAGGCGGGAAAGCUUUUCCUGCCCGAGUGGGAACAGUUCUUGUUUUUCUUUCUUGGUGUUGGUCGGCGCCGGUUCUGAUGAACGUUGCAGCUGUGAACGCCCAUGUUUUCUAACAGACACAUUCUACAAGCCCCAGCAACUCAGCAAGAGCCUUUGACACAGAUGGAUGUUAAAAAUGUUCAACUUUAGUAGACUUAAAAAAAAAAAAACACCUUACCUUAAAAUAAAUAACCUAAAAAAAAGAGAAUAAGUGCAAAGACAAAAAAAUGUUUUGGUUUUUUUUU